CAGCUUUGCUGUAGAUAAGUCUCCGUUUCCUCACCAGUAUUUCUCAUCCGGAAACACAGCCGAAAACUACAGGCUGUGUGAAGAAAACAGGACUCGCUGUGAGGAUGUUACCCUAAUACUGACACUCAGUGGAUUUCUCGCCUUCCUCUCCUGCCAUGAGGCAGUGACGCUCGCUCGAUCGUAUCGUGGGUGUGGCUAACGACACGAAGCGGCACUCGAGGCUCUGUUUUCUCUGCGCCUGUGUAUAAAUGGGAAACACCAGAGUCAAUAUCAGGCAUUAACUUGAAGCGAUCAUCUCCUGAUGUUUAUGAUUGUGAUGCGACAUUUCUAGGAUGAGAGCCUUGGUCGUAUUUACUGUGACUUUAGUCCCUUUUUGGGCGAACUGUGCGAUAAAGCCAAGAUCCGGCGAGGAGGACUCGAGAAAACAGGAAGAGAGCCGAGAAUUCGAAUCACUCAGCUCAAUAUUGGCAGACUUUGAGGUGCUUCCUGCAGCUGGCAUCCAGCGGCAUUCCUUAAGGAAGAGGGACACUGACUCCCAGUCACAUGUGGAACGCCUGAUCAGCUUCACAGCACUGCAAAGGCAUUUCAAGCUCUACUUGACCACCAACACAGAGCUUUUCGCAGAUGAUUUCAAAGCGGUGUUUGUAGAUGAGCAAGGGAAUGAAGAGAGUUAUGAAGUGCCGCUGCAGAAUUACUUUAAAGGACAUGUAGUAGGUGAAGAGAAUUCGAGGGUGCAGGCACACAUUGAUGGGGAGGAGUUUUCAGCCCACAUACUCACAGAUGAGGCUGAGUACAAUGUUGAGCCAUUAUGGAGGAUAACAGAGACGUCCCCCGAUGGCCGCUUGCUGGUAUAUCGUUCUGAGGACAUCAGAAACAUCAGCCGACUGGCCUCCCCCAAAGUGUGCGGUUAUAUCAGUGCUGAGGCUCAGGACUUGCUGCCAGAGGUCAAAGCAGCUGCGGGAACACACCAGGAUGGGGAACCAAGCCACAGAGUGAGGAGGCAGGUACAUAACCACAAGAAGAACACCUGCACAUUGCUGCUGGUGGCAGAUUACCGCUUCUUCGAGAACAUGGGCCGCAGUGAGGAAAGUACAACCCUGAACUAUCUGAUAGAACUAAUUGACCGUGUGGAUGACAUCUACAGGAACACUUCUUGGGAUGAUGAGUAUAAAGGCUAUGGUGUACAGAUUCAUCAGAUCAUCAUAAACAAACAACCGACCCCAGUGUCCGAAGGGCAGUACCACUACAACAUGAAAGGUAGUCCACGGCAAAAGGGGGAUGUGUGGGAUGUUAAGAAGCUUUUAGAACAAUUCAGUUUGGACAUUGCCGAGAACGCUUCCAGUGUCUGCCUGGCCCACCUCUUUACAUAUCAGGACUUUGAUGAGGGCACGCUCGGUCUGGCGUACGUUGCCUCUUCCAGAGACCAGGCAUUAGGUGGACUCUGCUCUAAACCUUAUUUUCCAUCUCAGUCAUUCAAGAAACCCAGCUACCUAAACACGGGACUAACCAGCACUAAGAAUUAUGGGAAAACUAUUCUCACUAAGGAAGCAGAUCUGGUAACCACUCAUGAGCUUGGACACAACUUCGGAGCGGAGCAUGACCCAGACAACAUUCCCUACUGCGCCCCAAGUGAUGACCAAGGGGGCAAAUAUGUUAUGUACCCCAUUGCUGUUAGUGGAGACCAUGUCAACAACAAGCGAUUCUCCAACUGCAGUAAGAUCUCAGUCAGCAAGACCCUGAGAGUCAAGGCUCCAGUGUGCUUCAAGGUAAGGACCAGCAAAUUGUGUGGGAACUCUCGUGUGGAGGAGGGAGAGCAGUGUGACCCUGGGCUCCUCCAUAUCAAAGAUGAUCCCUGCUGCACAUCCGAAUGCAAGUUCCAAAAGAAUGCGCAGUGCAGUGACAGGAACAGUCCCUGCUGCCACAAGUGCCAGUUUAAGCAAAAAGGGUUGCUCUGUCAGGAGUCAAUCAAUGCCACCUGUAAAGCCUCAUCAAAAUGCACAGGCAACAGCAGCGAAUGCCCAGCUCCAGGCAGCCUAUCUGAUGGCAUGGAGUGUGUGGACAAGGGAGUGUGUCAGAAAGGCGAGUGUGUGCCUUACUGUGAGGCCAGUCAGAAGCUUCGCCCCUGUGCUUGCAAUGAUACAGACAAUUCAUGCAAAGUGUGCUGCAAGGACAAGAAUGGAGUGUGCAAGCCUUCUUUAUCUUCUGCGGGAGAAUAUCUGUUCCUGCGCAAAGGAAAGCCCUGCACUGUGGGUUUCUGUGAUGGGCAUGGAAAAUGCAUGAAGCAAGUCCAAGAUGUCGUUGAGAGGUUGUGGGACUUCAUUGAUAAGCUGGACAUCAACACAUUUGGCAAGUUCCUGGCUGACAACAUAGUAGGCUCAGUGGUGGUGUUUUCUCUCUUGUUCUGGAUCCCUUUGAGCAUUUUGGUGCACUGUGUGGAUAAGAAGCUGGACAGACAGUAUGAAGAAAACUCCAAGUCUCUAAUUUAUCCCAGUCAGAUGAUGGUGGAAGUGUGUAGUAAAGCCUCAGAACAUGGAGAUGCUGAGCGGUCAGGAGGGGGCUCCCAUGCGCAUCGUCAGGGCCCCUCCUCUGUCAUCCCAUUCAGCAGCCCGACCCCCGCCCUCCCUGCCCCAGCAGGGCCAUCCCAGCGGCAACACUAUCGCCUCUCUGGCACCGGCCCAACACGCAGCAGCCCCGGGCCCUGCCCCGGCCUCCGCCGAACCCAGAGCGGAUCCGCAGCGAAUGGCCACCAUCGCCGAGGACCCCACCGGGGACUCUCCCCGGGACGAUCCAGGAGACUUCCCCCAAAGCUCCUCAGCAACCAAGUCCUUCGAGGACCUCACCGAACAGUCACCAUUAAACCGCCAGGACAAGAGGCGGCUGCAGAGACAAGCCCGCAUUGACAACAAGGAGACAGAAUGCUGAGAGAGGUAUGAUCCCUCCCAGUCAUACUUCCACAUGUACUCCCCAAGUACACACAUUAUACACAACACACACACGAGCCUUUCUCAAGAAUUACUUUGGAAACAAUCUAGUUUCACCACAGUAUAGGCGUGUCAUGUUAUCUGCUGAAUCUGUCGGUGACCUGUGACGCAUCUUGCAUUCACUUGUUAGUAAAUCACAAAGAUUAACAGAGUGAUGUAUAGAAGUGACUGUAGUCUAUGGACCUGGAAAUUAAAUUAUUGAUCUCUGAUCAACGUGACCAGUGCCUUGUAGAACAUCUGUGGGUGAAACUAAAAAUUUAAAGUUUGAUCAUCACACUGGACCAUCUGCCACCAUGGCCCCUAGUGUGGAUCAGUGAAUCCUGCCUUCUGCUGUGAAACCAUACACCACUACACUUAGAGAUGCGUCCAUAUUUUCCUGCCUUUUUUUUUUUAAUCAGUCCAGGGGAUACAAUAAAAGGUCCAGACAAUGAUUAGUCUAGAUUUGAUUUAAAGACCGUUUCCAGCCCAGAUUUUCUACUGACAGUAAUAGAGUUCUAGUCUAGGCUUGAUCUGUGUCUGUGAAACCAGCCCUUAAUCUCUCAAUUCAGAGACUACACUCCAUGCCAUCAUCAAUUUGCUGCUCUAUUAAGUGAUGGUACUUAAUGUUUUUCUGCAAAAUGUCAGUGACAUGAGUGCUAAUUCAUCACUUUUUAUGAACAUGAAUUAGAUUUUUUUGACUGGAAGCAUGAAGAGUACAUCCUGUCAUUGUGUAUCCUCCAAAACAUCUCUGGACCUAUUAUUUAAAGACUUCUUAAAGAACUGGAAUGCUUAAAUGAAACACUUGAAUAGUAUUAUAUGCAUACCCACAUAAGCAUAUCAGGAGUUGGAGGUGUUAAAGAGCAUGUGUUUUUUUUUGUGGCUGCACUAUAUUUUUGGAUGCUGUUUUGGUCUUAAACUGCAUUAAUAUGAAAUCUUAAAAUUGGUCUCUAAUGGCCUAAAGCUGUUUUUUAAAGAGUAGUUUAGUUGUGAAUUUAUGAUCAAGCACUAUUGAUGUAAAUCUAUAUAAACUGCUUUCUGUUUCACAAACUCUUGCAUAAAAUCAUAUAGUGAAGUCCUGUUAAUGAUUUCAUGUACUGUAUUGCAUUUCUUAAGUUAUGUAGCUACAGAAUUUAGGAUUGUGCCUUUUUUGUUAUCCACUGGAACUGUGUUUUAUAUUCUUUGUUUUAUAUAUAGAAAUGGUAUCCUCUGUUUCUAUAAGUGUAAUUCAAGUAUUUAACAUUUAUGGCUUAACAAUGCCCAUGUCUAAAAGUUUGUAGUAUUUUAAUGUGCCAUAAUACUAUUUUUUCUGGCUACAGUAAACCAGAGGGUUAAAAAAAAAAAAAAAAAAAAAAAAAAAAA